GAGAGAGAGAGAGAGAGAGAGAGAGAGAGAGAGAGAGAGAGAGAGGAAGUUCAUCGCUGGAGGAUCACACACUUCUCCCCGCAACCAGCGAUCAAACAUGACGGAAAUGUAAAAGAUGUUCAGUCCAUCCAGUCCAACCCAGAAGAUCAGUGAAGAGGCCUCCUCUGGAUCUGAUGAAGGAUCAGAGGUUGGCCUGGAACCUGAGACAGACCGGUUUGGAUUCAUUUUGACCAAUGGAUCCACAGCUGGGUGUGUGGGCCCACCGCCUGGGCUGGUCAGGCAGAGGGAGGCCAAAUGGAUAAGCAUCAUCAGCCAAUGGGAUCACAUCUUGUUGAAGAAGACUAAUAAGGUCAGAGUGCAGUGUCAGAAAGGCAUCCCGGCCUCUCUCCGAGCAAAGUGCUGGCCUCUACUGUGUGGAGCAACUGACAUGAUGAAACAAAACGAAACUCUCUACCAGGCAAGAAACCUGCACGCUGUCACUGUGGUGAAUGUUUUCAGAUCAGCAGCUACAACAACCACAGAUGUGGAGUCCAACGAUGUUGUUUCUACAUCUCACUCAGUGUCUCUGGACUCACAGCCUGCUCUGCAGAGCUGGGUGGAUGUGAUCGAGAGAGACCUGGACCGACAGUUUCCGUUCCAUGAAAUGUUCCUCUCUAAGGAUGGACAUGGGCAGCGUGGUUUAUUUCGGGUGUUGAAAGCUUACACUCAGUACCAACCAGAGGAGGGUUACUGCCAGGCACAGGGGCCUGUGGCUGCCGUGCUGCUGAUGAACAUGCCAGCCGAGGAGGCAUUCUGGUGUUUGGUGCAGAUCAGUGAGCGGUACCUGCCGGGGUACUACAGCCCGCUGCUGGAGGGAGUCCUGUUUGACGCUGCCAUGCUAACCUGGGUCUUGAAAAGGACAUGUCCAGCUGCACAUAAACACCUGCAGCAGCACGGCGUGGAGCCGCUCAUGUUCACCACAGACUGGCUGAUGUGUCUCUUCACACGCCACCUGCCCUUCAACACACUGCUGCGAGUUUGGGACCUCUUCUUCUGCUUUGGCGUGCGGGUGCUGCUCCAAGUGGCGGUGGUGCUAGUGCGUCGGGUGCUGGGCCGGGCCGAGCAGAGAAGGCAAUGUGAUGGCCAGAUGGAGACUCUGGAGAGGCUGAGGGGAGUCAGGGAUCAGAUCCAGGAGGAAGAUGACACCUUUAUAGCAGAGGUGUGCUCAGUGCAGCUAUCAGCCAAAGAUCUGGAGAAACAAACUGAGAAGCAGUUAGUAAAGUGGAGGAAGGACAGACCCUCAUCCUCCUUCGACCCCAGGGGUCGCUGCCACGGAUACCGUAUGGCGUGGGCGCAGGCUCAAUACACAGAGGUAGAACAGGACAAGAGAGAGAGAGAGAAAGGGAACCUGUCUCUCCCUCUUGCUCGCUCGGCCUCCACUCUCUCCCUGUCUCCUUCUUUGCUUCAGAAGUGGAGGAAAGGCGGGAAAGGCAACACAAGAGAGUGGGAAGGCGGUGGUAAAGUUGUGAGGCAUCUCUCGAUGGGAGCAAAGGAGGACUGCAGGAGCUGGUCUGAGUUACAUUUCAAGAAAGUGAAAGAGGUUCAGGAGGAGGAGGACGAAGACAUAGUUCCAGCUGAAUGCAAAAAACAAAGCGAGUCCGAUCUAAGCGGACAAAUUGCACAAAAAGAACUUUUGGAAGUACCUGAAAAAAUUGACAUAAUCCAAAACAUACCAGCAGAGCAUGAAGAAGAAACAGUGAUAUUUAAAGAACAGGCUGAACACUCUGGAGAGAGAAUCAAUGAAGAGGAGAAAAGUCACGUCAGAGAGACAGAGCAAAGUAAACUGCUUCUAGAACAAACAGGAGCACCACCAAGAAGUCCAGCAAAACCCCAGAGUGCUGGAAAUAUUCUUAACCCCUCUGAAGACAGGCCCCACGAUCAGCAGUGUCGCAGAAGCGCACACCAAGAAACUGAAGUAAAAGAGGGAAACAAUGAGACGGCAAAACAAACAGCAGAGAGUGAACAACCAGCUGCUGUGGAGGAUAGUAAGACGGAGAUCCAGAAAGAUGAUGAUGCAGAGACAAACACAGAGGUGGAGUCAGGAGGAAGUGCCGAUAUAAGUGAAGAACAGAUGAUUCAGUCUGACAUGAAACCAGAGGAGAGCUCAGAAACUGAAGAUGUGCAACAGGCGAAGGCGGGAAGAGUCACAGAAGUGUCCGAAACAACGAAUGAGACAAGCCCAGGCUCGGAGACAGACAGUGGAGACGAAGCUGAAACUGUUGAGGAUCCUGUUUUUGAGACGGAGAUGCAUCAACAACAAGAGGGAAUCACGGAGAAGGAAAACAGCUCGCAGGAAGAUGCAUUUCAAGGCAAACACCUCUGCAUUGAGUUAUUAGCAGAGGAAGACGUAAAAGAAGAGUCCUGCUCUCAUGCAGAGACAGAAACUGGUGGGCUGGCAUAUAAUCCAGAAAGAGUAGAAACAACAAAUUCAGAACAAGUAGAUUCAGAAACAGAAACAUUAAUUCUGUGUUUACCUGAAUGCAUCGAUUCAAAAGAAGGCACUGAGUUAGAGGCUAAUUCAGACACUGAAGAGAAAACGGCAGCCAAUAAUGACACAGUGACAGACACAGGUGAAGCAUUUGCUGAUAGUUCAGAGAAAGAGUGUGACACUAUUGCGUGUGAACAUUCAAAAGAAGAAAUUUCCGCUUCAGACUCGGAGGAAAAGCUUGAUAACAAUCAAACACAAGCAGAGGAAACAACAGCAGACAGUCGAAUGAAUGAGGAGUGUGCCGACUCCUUAAGACCUCUAACAAAUGCUGAAAAGGUUCAUCUCACAGCUGAGGUUGAUGAGAAAACAAGUCCAUCGGACAAUACAUCUUUGGAGGAACCUGCACCUGAAGAACCGGUCUGUGUCUCUAUGGAGGAAGAAAGUGCAGAAACUGUUGAGGAAAACACAGCAGGAGGGGAAGAUGUCUUUGGUUCUACAGACUCUGAUAGGAACCUUCAAAUCCAAGACAGAGAUUCUCACGUUGCCGAAGACGAGACCGAGCCGAGUCACAGCGGCCAGACACAAGCCUGCGAGCGUCACAACAGUAAGUCUUCUGGCGAUUUAAACGUCUUCAAGUCACCUGUCUCGCGCAGGUCCUGGUUGGGGCGCCGGCUGUCUGAAGAUCUCUUCGUCAUGCCACAGAAAACCAACCAGUCACAAUCAAUAACCAAUCACCAAGAAGUCAAACCCGCUGAAUCAAAACCCAAUCCGAUAGCUGUAAACCCAACACAAGAAGCCCAAGAAGUCACCUCGUCACUGCCUGCAGAAGUUACUAAGGGGACUUGCGCCCAGGGGGGACGGCAGCCGUCCGACCCCCCUAAACGUUUUGGUCUCUUCCGCAGACUUAAAGGAGAGCAGUCAAACAAGGCCAAGGCAAAAGGGACACCAAAAAUGCAAGUGCCCAAAAUCCUAAUUCAGGACUUUAGCGAUGGCACAGAGAUGGGGAAACUGGUUAAAGAUGAGGAGCAGGAGAAUCUAAGCUCCAGGGAAAGGAGGAGGCGGCGGAGGGAGCAGGAGAGGAAGGAGAAAGAGGAGGAGAGGCUGAGAAAGAAGAGAGAGAGGGAGCUGGAAAAAGAGAGGGAGCGAGAAAGGAGGAGACCAAAGACGAGUGGAAAAAGUUUCCCGGUUCACAGAAAAAAGGGGAGCACUGAUGAAGCUCAACCUGCAAAGACUGGAUCAGAGACGCUCGGAUGUACUUCUCCUUACGCUCAAUCUUACUUUUGACAGGACAUUUUUUAGAGGCUUUUUUCAAAUCUGUGAAGUGACGAGAAGGGUUUUUUUUUUUUUUUUAACAGAAUGGACGACACAUUGGUUAAUGUUCAGAGAUUCAUCAUCCUAAUUCUUUGAUACUUGCACUUCUUGACAUGUAAAUAAAUAAAUAAGUUUUAAAACUUUGAAA